AUGUUAAGUUUGUUUUAUGAAUCGUUGUUGUUAAAAAAUUUAGUAUAUGGUCCAGGAAUAUCGAUAACUCCUAUAAAACCAGAACCUUUGGUGGAUUAUUCUAAAUUAACGCAACAAUUCAACGGAUACAACUCCAACCUGAUGGCGCAAAUGCUGGAACCCGAAACUAAACUCAACGAGGCAUUGGAAAACCCUUCGUUAAAAAUGCUCAUUAAAAAAGCGGAGCAAGCCACCAACAAAACACCCAGAAAGAAACGAUCUCAAAGACCGAAAACAGAAAAAGUGGUCCAUCCGGAACCGAUUGAGCUAGACGAGCCGAUUCAUUGUGAUAUUUGUAAUGAAACGUACAAAAACAACGUUGCCUUUGCAAUGCACUCCAUCAAGCACAGCGACGAUGGAAAAUACGCCUGCCAUCUGUGCGACUACAAGAAUAACUCAAAGUACCACAUUGAGAUGCAUGUGAGGGCCCACGAGGGUACCACAAAGUAUAAAUGUGACAUUUGUGGCAAAGCUUUCACGGUGAGCACCCACGCGAUCGAACACAAGUACUUUCAUACCGGAGAGAAGCCUUUUCAGUGCGAAAUAUGCGGGAAACACUUUAUGUUUUCCUGGUUUCUCACAUCGCAUCGCAGAACCCAGCAUUGGGAAAUCAUGACCGGUAGUCCUCUUGUAAAAUACGACUGUACUAUUUGCAACAAACACUACACGUCGUCCACCGGACUAAAACGACACAAUUUAAGCAAACACAAUGAAACCGGCAUGGAUUUGUCGGUCCUUUGUGAUGUAUGCGGAAAACGGCUUUCCAGCAAGGAAAAACUAAAGUUCCACAGAAGAAUCCAUACGGGAUACAAACCUCAUUCGUGCGAAACUUGCAGCAAGAGUUUUUCCAGAAAGGAGCAACUAAAGGAGCAUGAAAGAGUUCACACUGGCGAGAAGCCUUACAUUUGCAAAUUUUGCGGAAAAGGAUUCACUCAGAGGAGUCCUUUAAGGAUCCACGAGAGGACUCACACGGGUGAAAGGCCCUAUGUUUGCAUGAUUUGCGGUAAAGGCUGCAUCUCCAAAGGAGUCAUGGACACUCACAUGAAAAGUUGUUCGGCUGUACAGUAUCAUGCGAAUAAUAUUGAAUAUGAACAAUUUUAG